AUGAUGCAAGGCGAGCUGGUCACGCGCCGGACCCAGUUCUCGAGCUGCGAUGAGUGCCGCCGGUCCCGCGUCGCCUGCGAUGCGUCGUCUCGCGGCCAGGCUGAGGGCUCCGAGGAGCCCGUGUCGUGUACGCGGUGCCUGAAGCGGCAGAAGCCGUGUACGUUCAAGAGCGAUUCAGAAUGGCUGUCUGUGAUUUACCAGACGGGCUAUGAAACCGUCUUCGGCUCGUGGAUGGGGAGAUACGGGAAUCCUUUCGUAACGGACAAUGCGUUCGCUGACAAGCAUGUGAGCAUAUCAUACCUCUGCAGGCAGCUUGAUAAAUGGAUGGCAGAUGAUUCUGGAGCUGGUAAUACAUCUGCGAGGGAUGAUGCUCAAGAACGAUUGAUCGACGAGUCUUUGCGUAGUACUACUGCAGCCUUUUCUUCUCGCUGGCUUCCUUUAGCGACAGGUGCUUCCUCGGAUGAUCCUGAAACCAGCGCUCUGAUGCAGAACCUAUGGCGAUAUGCCCGCCGGGAUAUGCUGAGGGUCAUUAAUCGUCCUUGCUACCGUUCCAUGCUCAGCUUGUUCCUAUUUGCCCUGACCCCCAUCCCGGUAGGCAUCUCUGAAGAGGAAGAAGUCGAUGGCAUAUCCGGCCAGGCCUGUGUUCACGCAGCGCUCCAACAUAUACAAGUCCUGAGGGCGCGUCAGAGGAACCUCCAUUUCAGCGGCUCCAAGGUCUCCCCGUACCUCAAGAAGCACAUCAUCCCGACAAGUCCGGGAUCCAUCGACACCUUCAACUUUAUCCAUGCCGAGAGCACCGCAUACUGGGCGGCUCUCACCUUCGACACCUCGGCAUCGUUGACGCUCAACUGCAGAUCGCUGUUAUCGUCGGGACUGUUCGGUUACGAGGAGGAACUCUGCUGGCGUCUGAUCCGCAGCAAGGCGAAGAUGUUUGAUGACGUGGCACAUGGGUGGUCGACAAACAGCCUAGACAUGACCGACGAGAGAGCCAACCAGAUUGUGGCCGUAGGAUCCGGCUGGAAGCUUCUCGCCUGGAAGCUCACCGCCGUGUUCAAGGAAGCUCUCCGGGACGGACACGAUGAGUCGAGGGUCCUCAAGGCGUAUAAUGCUGUCGUGGACGCGAUCAAGCAAUUCGACCUGAUUUUCCGUCCUCAUCUGGACGCCUGUCAACGGCGAAUGCAGUUUUUAGGGCAACAGGCCAAACUGCGCUGGUAUUCACUCAUGUUACAUUAUCACUUGAGCAUAUUAAUGCUCGUGGACAUCAUCGAGGCGACGGAGCGCUUCGAUUUGCUGCGCGGCGUUCAGGACGCUGCAGCCGACGCAGAGAACACCGUCAUGAACACACUCGUGUUCGGCCUUCACAAUACGUGCACGGUGACCCUCGAUCCAGGCGUGGUAUCACCAACAAGCGAGAGAGACGGCAGUCAGCGGAAAAAAGCCUCCAUCACAGUGCCGCUCACAUCCAUAGACCCAUACCCACAUCACAUCGUUGCCGGCGUCCAGCUGGUCCGCAAAGCGGUCGAGCGAGAUUAUGGCGAGGGCAAGAUCACGAACGAGUCUUACGAAAAUCUGCAGUCCAUGCUGGAGCAGACCUUGAGCCUCCUGCCGCAGAGCUCCAAAUCGGUGCGGGCGGCGAGGACGAAGCUCGCGACGCCCUCAGAAUCGGGCAUCUCAGAGCCGCGGCAGGAUCCAUACGGCUCUAUGCAAGGGCAGUACGUGGAGUAA